GUACAAAGCCAGUCAGAGUGGCAACCGUGGUUUGUGAAUAGAGUUACUUCUAACUACGUAACAACCAACAUUGUAAUUUGUUAUUGACGAUUGUUUGUAUAUCGGCCAUUUUUGUUUAAUAUAUUUCAGUGCAGGCUAACGAGCGUGGUUUGUGCUUUCAAAACCUUUUAUUUUCACGAGUCUUAACUUCGUGCGUUUUGUUUUUUGAACCAAUUAUUCUACACCGAAAUCGACUCGAGAUGGACUUGAGCUUAGACGAACUUAUCAAGAGCAAACGGUCAACAUCCCGCGGUGGACGUCGUGGCGGCGGAAGACAAGGCGGAUCUAGAGGCGGUGGUGUUAAACGCGGUGGUGGUGGCGGUGGAGGAUCGAAUUUCCGAUCAAAUGGUGCUGCCGGCGGCGGUGGCGGUGGCCCCAUGCGCAGAGGCAGGCCGAUGGCGAGGCGUUCAAAUGGAUUUAGUCCUUAUUCUAAGGGUGAUGUGAAUGGAUCAUGGACUCAUGAUAUGUACGAAGGACCUAAAAGACAACAAAUGAGGGGUGGUCUAUCUACUACCAGUAUUCAUAAAAUAGUCAUAUCAAAUUUGGAUUUUGGAGUUACAUCAACAGAUAUACAGGAACUUUUUGAUGAAUUUGGACCAUUAAAAACUGCUACAGUUCACUAUGACAGAUCAGGAAGGUCUUUAGGAACAGCUGAUGUUGUUUUCGACAGUAAGAAUGCUGCAUUAAAAGCAGUCCGUCAAUAUAACAACGUACCUCUGGAUGGUCGUCCCAUGAAGAUAGAACUUGCUACGGACUUAUCUACUGUUGCUAAUCUUGCUACACGUCUGAGUAGACCAGCCCAAUUACCUGUCAGGGGUACUCGUGGUGGAGUUAGAGGUAACCGUGGUAACACCAGAGGUGGCCGCGGUAAUACUCGUGGCAACAGCAGAGGACGAGGUGGAGGCAGUAACAGAGGUGGCAGGAAUAAUGAAAAAAAGAUGCCAAAUAAAGAUGAAUUAGAUGCACAACUUGAUAGUUUUAUUAAAAGCAAGAAUAACUGAUUGAUUUAUGUACUUAUUUCUUUAUUUUCUAAUA